GAAUAGGCGAGAAGGGAUGAGAUAUGUUCUUGUUGUAGUGUGCAGGUUCAGUAGGUGGGUGGAAGCAACACCCACCCGUGCACCAGACCAUAAGUCUGUUGCCAAGUUCUUGAGUAGAGAGGUUUUUCCUAGAUUUGGGUUACCAGACACCAUUUCUUCUGAUAACGGGCCACACUUUGUUUCUCAAGUCAUACAAGUGAUGUUGAAAAUGUUGGGCAUAAGACAGAAGUUUGGGUGUGUGUAUCAUCCUCAGUCACAGGGAAGUGUGGAACGGCAGAAUGGCAUUAUUAAGGCGAAAAUCACCAAAAUUAUAGCAGAUGUAGUAAAAGGCAGUGGAGAAAAGCUAAGUUGGUUGCAAGCUUUGCCUUUGGCUCUCAUGUGUAUGCGAUCUCAAACUAACAGAACUAUGUGUUUAAGUCCUCAUGAAUUGCUCACAGGAAGGCCGAUGCCCCUUCCGUACUAUCGAGGGCCCUAUGAAGGCCCUUCAUUAGAGCAAUUAGAAAAUGAAAUGGGAAGUUAUUUGCGACAACUAACUAGAAUACAUAAAGUUAUCUUUCAACAGGUGAAAGGAGCCACAGCGGACCGAGACGCAGAGAUUCCUGACCAUCUGCUGACCAUACGGCCAGGCGACCAGGUGUACUUGAAAGUGAUUAAGAGAAGAUAAACAGUAAUGGCAGAAUCAGGAGUGAAGAUAGAGUAUUCAGACAGCCCUACUAGGCCUGGGACCAGUCAGCCACUGGAGAGACCCUUGUGGCGCCCAUCCGCAGCCAACCAGCCAGAGGCCCCGCCCGACGUCAAAGUGGGGAAGUUUUGGCUUCAGCGGUUGGCAUCCAUUAAUCCUGCAUCCGCCCAGGGGGGCAGCCAGAGCCACAGAGGGCACCUCUCUGGACCCUAGUUCCAGAGCCACGCGCGCCUACAUCACCGAUGACACCGCCACAGUCUCCUGUCUAUUCUGGAUCCUCAACACCACCUACUCUCAGGGCCCUAACGCCAAUUCCAGAGUCUCAGAGGUCACCCAGACCGGGGCCAAGCCACUCACAAAGCCCAUACAGACCUCCGAUCGUCGACCUUCUGUCACUAAGCCCCGUGUCCACUGCCAGCAUGACCUAUGAGCAUUCCGGACGUGAUGAAGGGUCUACACGUUCUAACACCCCUGUCAAGGGAAGUGCAGCUGAGUCUACAGUGACAGCGUGGGGAGAUGUUGCUGAUUCCACUGUGCAAGAACACCUUAUGCAACUCCCCAAGCCUGAAUUCCAAAGAGAAAUUCGAAAGCUGCCUCCAAGCUGGGCCCAGGAGAUCAAAAGGAAAAGAAAUAAUUACAAUGCCCGCUGUCAGUAUGCCCAACGCAAGCAGAUGUAUGCAACCGCCCUGCAGACCACAGAGCACUAUGCCCAUCAUCUCAUUCGCCAAAACGAUGCGUGGGAGCGGGCUUGGGAGAGGAGCACCCACGAGUUGGGUGAGGUGAGAGUUGAGAAUGCCCGCUACACUGAGAGGAAUGCUGAUCUGAUGCGAGAGGUGGCUGAACUACAACAGCAAGUGAAAGGUCAGGAAGAUCAUUCCAACUUCAUCACUCGCAAGCUGUCUGAAACCCUUCACACCAUUGGAGCCCAGAGUAAAGAGAUCCAGAGACUCACUGCUGAAAAUGUCAGGCUUCAGGUGGUCAAUGACCAACUCAUGGCUACUAAGGGAGUUGGUGGAGAAAGUGCUCCUGCACGCCACUCAGUGGGUGGGGAGUAAGGCCAUGAAAGGACUGAAAGUCUGGCUUGAAUGAUGCCAUAUACUGUGAUUAUGCAUAAUAUGUAACCUGAAAUAUAUGUUCGUUUCAUGUGUCUUACUUAUACAUCCUAUGCCUUAAUUAGCAGUUAACAUAUAUCUAUUAGUUGAUCUUUUAUUUUGAAUUCUAUCAUAAUUGAUGACAAUCACAGUGUGUUAUGCAAGGUGCUCUGCAAGUGUGGAUGAGCAAUACUAUGGCCAUGGCAGGUUGGAUUUUGUGUGUUUCAUGUCGCCUUUGCUUAGCACCUGCUGUUGAUUAUCUUGUCUACUCAUUAAACUCUGUAAGGAGCUUGCUUUUAAGUAUGUUAGCAAAAAAACAGCACACGCCGUAGUUAGAUACUCACCAUUUUUGUUUUUCAUAUUAUGGGGUUUUUAGGUGGUACCUCCAGGUACCACAGGGGGGAAUGUAGUGGAUUUUUGUAUGACAUGUAUACCUAUAAAUCUAACAUGAUGGAUUUUUGUACUUAUAUAUCGAUCUGAAUAACUUUCAUGUGGAGUUUUAGGCAUGCAGUGGUACACACACACACACACACACAAGUCAUGCAGCACACUCAUGAGGCAUAUCUUCACUGUCCUGUACACACACACACUAUAAACCUACACUGGAGUGUUUUAUUUUUAUGUUAUGCAUUUAACUCAUAUAUUUGAUGUAGUUAGGCCAAGUAUUAUUCACAUUAAUAUCAUAA